CCUCCCCAGUACUCAGACACGUCUGUUUUGCACCACACCCACCGUUUCUCUACGAUGUUCUCCAAGGUUAUCACUACCAUCUCCCUCUGCGCUCUCUUCCUCGGCGUCUCCGCCGCCCCCAGCGACAGCAACCAGUGCAAUGGUGGGCAAGUCCAGUGCUGCAACAAAGUCCAGGACUCGAAGUCCCUCGAUGCGGGCGUCAAGGGCCUCCUCGGGGUGCUUAACAUCGACCUCAGUCAAUUGACUGGCCAGGUCGGUGUCACUUGCACCGCUGUCAAUGUUGUUGGCGUUGGAGGUGGAAGCCACUGUUCCAACCAAGCCGUCUGCUGCAACAACAACAACUUCAACGGUGUCGUCGCCCUGGGCUGCACUCCCAUCAAUGUCAGUGUCUAAGCCGCAGGCACUAUUGGCGGUACACCUCGCUCCAUGGACACUUUUAAUUUAGAUCGCGUAUUUUUUUGGAUUUCGUAGUAGCACUAGUACUCGUCUUUCGCUUGUACUCUUGGUCUACCAUGCAUGUCAUUUAGCUCCUUGGUAUCCAUUAUCCGUUCUCAGUC